GUCAGGGCAGCCGAAUGGGGAAACUGUUGGGUUUUGAGUGGACAGAUGUGUCCAGCUGGGAGAGGUUGGUGACCCUGCUGAAUAGACCUACGGAUCCUGCAAGCCUAGCAGUCUUCCGUUUUCUCUUCGGACUUGGAGAUCAGAAGUGCUUUGAUCCGAGGCUACAGGAAAUACAGAGACAGAGGAACAGGAACCCAUUUUAUUUGUGGAAUGAAGUUUUCCAGUAACUAUGCUAAGGACUAGAAUGAAGUUUUCCAGUAACUAUGCUAAGGACUAGACUUCAGAAAAAUGGCUGGGGUGACAGAGCAGCCAUUUAGGCUGUGACUUCCUAAUCCAGACCUUUCUAACUCAUAGGCCACAGCAUGUAGGUUUGGAACGGGUUACAGACACGCCGAGAUAUUACUCUCCUUAACACAGUGGUUCUCAACUGGAGGCGAUUUUGCUGUCCAGGGGACAUUUGGCAUUGUCUGAAGACAUUUGUAUUUGUCACAGCUAGGUGUGGGGGGAGGGGAAGAGGUGGUUACUGGCAUCUACACAGAAAUUAGGGAUGCUACUGAAUGACCUAUGAACCACAGGGUAGACCUCCAGCAAAUAAUUAACCAGGCCAAACUGAAUUGUCCUGGGUUUGAGAAAUCCUGCAUUAAUUUGGAGCUGGCUGCCUGACCUGAGUAGCCCUUCUGUUUACCCCAGUGUGCUGGCCAGAUACUGCUGUGCCAGAAAAGAAAAAGAGGCUGAGGGCGCAUCACCCCAGAGCACUUUGUGUAGCCAGUAGGACAGACCUUUACAAACAUGACUAUUAAAACCUGAAUAGCUUCGAUAGCACUUUGUACGCAUCUUUCAUUUAAUCUUCUCUGAGACCCUGCAAAAUAUAUUAUGAGCCCCUACUCACAAAUGGGGAAUUGGCUCAGGGAGGUACAGUGGCUGACAUCCCACACCUGGCAUAAUGCCUAGCACAGAGUAGGCACUCAACCAAUUCCCAGGUGGCGCGAGUGGUAAAGAACCUGCCUGUCAAUGCAGGAGAUGCGGGUUCAACCCCUGGGUCAGGAGAUCCCCUGGAGGAAGAAAUGGCAACCCACUCCAGUAUUCUUGGCUGGAGAAUCCCAUGGACAGAGGAGCCUGGUGGGCUCCAGUCCAUGGGAUUAAAAAGAGUCAGACACGACUGAAGCGACUUAGCAAGCAUGAUUAUUGUUGAAUGAAUUCUUUCUGGAGCUGGGUGUGCUCGACUGUAUUCUAGUAUGUUCCAUGGUUACCUUUGCUGAGGCCUAUCGGCACCCUCCCCCUCUGCCUUCUCAGGGCUGAUGAUGGUGCUGGACAUUCCCCAGGAGCGGGGUCUCAGCUCCCUGGACCGAAGAUACCUGGAUGGCCUGGAGGUGUGUCGCUUCCCCUUGCUGGACGCCCUGCAGCCACUGCCACUUGACUGGAUGUAUCUGGUCUACACCGUCAUGUUUCUGGGGGCACUGGGCAUGAUGCUGGGCCUGUGCUACCGGAUAAGCUGUGUGUUAUUCCUGCUGCCAUACUGGUAUGUGUUUCUCCUGGACAAGACGUCGUGGAACAACCACUCCUAUCUGUAUGGCCUGUUGGCCUUUCAGCUGACAUUUGUGGACGCACACCACUACUGGUCUGUGGAUGGCCUGCUGAGUGCCCGGAAGCGGAAUGCCCACGUGCCCCUUUGGAACUAUGCUGUGUUGCGUGGCCAGAUCUUCAUCGUGUACUUCAUUGCGGGCAUAAAGAAGCUGGACGCAGACUGGGUGGAAGGCUACUCUAUGGAAUACCUGUCUCGGCACUGGCUCUUCAGCCCUUUCAAACUUGUGUUGUCCGAGGAGAUGACGAGUCUACUGGUGGUGCACUGGUGCGGAUUGCUGCUCGACCUCUCAGCCGGUUUCCUGCUCUUCUUUGAUGCCUCAAGACCCAUCGGCUUUGUCUUCGUGUCCUACUUCCACUGCAUGAAUUCCCAGCUUUUCAGCAUUGGCAUGUUCCCCUAUGUCAUGCUGGCCAGCAGCCCUCUCUUCUGCUCUCCUGAGUGGCCUCGGAAGCUGGUAGCUCACUGCCCGAAAAAGCUGCAAGAGCUGCUGCCCCUCAAGACCGCCCCACAGCCCAGCACUUCCUGCAUGUAUAAGAGGAGCCGAGCCAAAGGCAGUCAGAAGCCAGGGCUGCGCCACCAGCUGAGCACUGCCUUCACCCUGCUCUACCUCCUGGAGCAGCUCUUCUUGCCCUAUUCCCACUUCCUCACCCAGGGGUACAACAACUGGACCAACGGGCUGUACGGCUACUCCUGGGACAUGAUGGUGCAUUCCCGCUCCCACCAGCACGUGAAGAUCACCUACCGUGAUGGCCGCACUGGCGAGCUGGGCUACCUCAACCCUGGGGUAUUCACACAGAGCCGGCGUUGGAAGGACCAUGCAGACAUGCUGAAGCAAUAUGCCACUUGCCUGAGCCGCCUGCUGCCCAAGUACAAUGUCACUGAGCCCCAGAUCUACUUUGAUAUUUGGGUCUCCAUCAAUGACCGCUUCCAGCAGAGGAUUUUUGACCCUCGUGUGGACAUCGUGCAGGCUGCCUGGUCCCCCUUCCGGCGUACACCUUGGCUGCAGCCACUGCUGAUGGACCUGUCUCCCUGGAGAACUAAACUACAGGAGAUCAAGAGCAGCCUGGACAACCACACCGAAGUGGUCUUCAUUGCAGAUUUCCCUGGGCUGCACCUGGAGAACUUCGUGAGUGAAGACCUGGGCAACACUAGCAUCCAGCUGCUGCAGGGGGAGGUGACCGUGGAGCUGGUGGCAGAACAGAGGAACCAGACUCUUCAGGAGGGAGAAAAAAUGCAGUUGCCUGCUGGUGAGUACCAUAAGGUGUACACAGUGUCGUCCAGUCCUUCCUGCUAUAUGUACAUCUACGUCAACACUACAGAGGUUGCACUGGAGCAAGACCUGGCGUAUCUGCAAGAAUUGAAGGAGAAGGUGGAGAAUGGAAGUGAAACAGGGCCUCUGCCUCCAGAGCUGCAACCUCUGCUCGAAGGGGAAGUCAAAGGCGGCCCUGAGCCAACACCACUGGUCCAGACCUUCCUUAGACGCCAGCAAAGGCUCCAGGAGAUUGAACGCCGGCGAAAUGCCCCUUUCCACGAGCGACUUGUCCGCUUCUUGCUGCGAAAGCUCUAUAUCUUUCGCCGCAGCUUUCUCAUGACUUGUAUCUCACUUCGAAAUCUGGCAUUAGGCCGCCCUUCCCUGGAGCAGCUGGCCCAAGAGGUGACUUAUGCCAACUUGCGACCCUUUGAGCCAGUGGGAGAGCCGAGUCCUGUAAACACAGAUUCUUCAAAUUCUAACCCUCCUGAGCCGGAUUCUGACCCUGUCCACUCAGAGUUCUGAGGGAGGCCAGAUGUGGAGUACAGAUGUGGCAGCAGCCAGUCACAGGACCGUUACCUAGGCAGUGGACAUGUGAAAAAACUACUUCAGAUUUUUUGUUUUUCCUCCAUAUCCACGGCUGUAAUAAAUUCAGAGAGGAUAGAUUAGAGGGACAAGGAGAUAAAGCAAGGAUAAGAUUUAUCAAUUCCAAGGUUGAGGGGCUUGGGCAGUGGGGUUAAAAAACAAUGUGAAAAUGUCUUUCAAGGGGUAAGAAUAAGGUUUAAAGUGACUUGCUCCUUGCCAAAAGAGAGUUAAGUGUUCCAUGAAAAUAAUAGCUGCUGUUCUUAAGUGCUUGCCAUAUACAGGCACUGUGAAGCCCUGUGCCAGCAUUAUUAUACUUAUUCCUUAAGAGCCAUAAGCCCUAUUUUGUGGUUGGGGAAACUGAGGCUGAGGGGUAGUAUAAUUCUCUCAAAGACGUAUACCUAAUAAGGGAUAGACUGACUGAUGGUCCAAACCUCAAGUCUUAAGGUCCUGCACCCUGCCUCUUAAAAUUUUCAGAAUCACUGACAGUAAUUUUGAAAUAACAUAGCUUAAAACUUGUCUGGUUAUAAAGUGUGAUUAGGAUGGUGAUCAGGUUUUAGAUGCAGGGUAAUUUUCUCUUCACUGCAAUUUUGAUUCUUUUUUUGUUCCUAUUGUUUAUACAGCCAGUUUUUUACUAGGGGUUAUGAGCAUAGAAUAGCAGAAAGUUAAACUGAUAACAGAAUUUAGAUGAUUAAUAGUGGUAUAUAUCUAAAAAAUAAGCUGAGUAUUUAGCAUUAUUCUAGCUUUCAAUGAGCAGGAGGUGAUGUAAAGUGAGAUUUAACCAAAUGUAAUGAAAUCAGGGGAUGUUUACAGUUAUGAUAUAUAAGGUUUGGAUGUGAUUCAGGAAGAUCCUCAAUUCUGUGAAAAUUCAAAGGCCUGGCACUGGGCUAGGAAGUGAGAAUGCAUAAUUAGCAACAGAAACAAACAAAAACAAAACAGGCCCUGUUUGGGAACCCUAUUGGGCACCCUGUGUGGAGGCAGAGACCAGCGGCAGCAGGCUGGCAAUCCCAGUUACUUUGAAAAAGAUCGCAUUUGUUUCCAGUCUUCUUUUCCCAUGCUCCACUCCAUCCAAUCGCAGGGUUCUUUCCUAGGUGGCUGCCUUUUCACCAUACACACUUGGGAUGAUUAUGUCCACUCCAUGGUUUCCAGGGAUGCCGCUGCUUAAUUUCUUUCCUGUGCUCUAGAGCUGUUUAUCUAGCUCCACCUGGCUAUCCCAGAGUUUUUAACUGUCAUAAACAAGAUGUGUUCAUCCACAACUCAGACUUGCUUCUUUAUUACCGAAUGGCAGCUGUUUUUUUGAUUCUUCCAUUUUCCUUCCAUUUCUUAAGAUUUCAAGGCCCAUCAGUUCUACCUCUUACUUUUUGGAUCUGUUGAAUUCAUCUCUCCUACCUCUGUCCUUUCAGCCUUUAUACUGGAAUCCAGUGAGAUCAGAGCAGGGCUGCCAGGGAGUUGUGCAGAUUGGGCCUAAGUGCACUCAACUGAUCCAAGUGGAGCCUGGCAGUAAGUUCCUGUGAUUCACACAAGGCAUUUUGUGGGUUAGAGAUGGCUGUGGCACAGGGCACUUUGCUAAGAACCAUGCAUGGGAACAUUGGUUUUCAGUUCUGCAGAUCCCCUCAGUGACACGAUACACCUUGGCACUGUGUCAUUCCCCAUAGCUGCUGCCCCACCCUCCUUUUUACUUGGUGAAAAUAAUAAAAGUAGUUCUUCAUUU